CAUGGGACUUGGGGGGAACUGGGUGAGGAGUUUAGCCUUACUCCUUGACAGUCUUUCCAGGGAGCACCUCUCUGCUGGAGCAGCCCCCUGAUACCAGGGCACUCAUUAACCCUCUGGGUGCCAGGGAAGGGCAGGAGGUGAGCCCCGGGAGGCAGCUGAGGUCAUCCUUCUUUGAACCUCCACGUGGUGUUUACUCAGGGCAAUUGUUGCCAGAGGCCCAGGCCCCUGGAGUAUAAAGCCGAAUGUCUGCUCUCUGUGCCCAGAACUGAGCAGCGUUUGCAACUGUCCAGACACAGAAAGGCUUCUGGGACUACUUCAGCCAAAGCAGCGGGGACAAAGGAAAGGUGGCACGGGUCCAGCAGCAGAAGCUGGCAUGGGAACCCACGAGCCUGAAAGACAGCCUUGAGCAAGACCUCAGCAAUAUGGACAAGUUCCUGGAAAAGCUGGGCCCCCUCAGUGGGCAGGGAAGGGAGCCUCCUGGGCUCCCACAGGACCCCGUGCGCACGCGGCAGCAGCUGCAGGAGGAGCUGGCGGAGGUGAGGGCGCGCCUGGAGCCCUACAUGGCUGAGGCGCACGAACAAGUGGGCUGGAACCUGGAGGGCUUGCGGCGGCAGCUGAAGCCCUACACCGUGGAGCUGAUGGAGCAGGUGGCGCUGCGCGUUCAGGAGCUGCAGGAGCAGUUGCGCGUGGUCGGAGAGGGCACCAAGGCGCAGCUGCUGGGCGGCAUGGAUGAGGCGCGGGGCCUGCUUCAGGAGCUGCAGAACCGCGUGGUGCAUCACACCGGCCGCGUCAAGGAGCUCUUCCACCCCUACGCCCAGCGCCUGGUGACCGGCAUCGGGCGCCACGUGCAGGAGCUGCACCGCAGUGUGGCUCCGCACGCUGCCGCCAGCCCCGCGCGCCUCAGCCGCUGCGUGCAGACGCUCUCGCACAAGCUGACACUCAAGGCCGAGGCUCUGCACGCGCGCAUCCAGCAGAACCUGGACCAGCUGCGGGAAGAGCUCAGUGCUUUUGCCAGCGCCGGCGGUGACAGUGCGGGGGAAGGGGCCAAUCCUGACCCCCAGAUGCUGUCCCAGGAGGUGCGCCAGCGACUCCAGGCCUUCCGCCAGGACACCUUCCUGCAGAUCGCUGACUUCACCCAUGCCAUUGACCAGGAGACCGAGGAGGUCCAGCUGCAGCUGGCGCCAGCGCCGCCUGGUCACAGUGCCUUCGCCCCAGAGUUUCGCCAAGCUGACAGCAGCGAGGCCCGGAGCAAGCUGCAGGCCCGUCUAGAAGACCUGUGGGAAGACAUCAACUACAGCCUUCAUGACCGUGGUCUCAGCCAUCUAGAAGAGCCCUGAGGGUCUACUUAUCCAGGCUCACUUCCCAGCUCCUUGUCCAAGCCCAGGAUCUGAGCCCCUGGCCCAGUCCUUGACAGUGGCCUAUUGGGCAGAGGGUGGAGGGCGCGGCGCAAGGAUGGGCGAAGCCACCAAAGGGACUGUUGUCCCUGGCAUAUCCAGUCUUCUGCGAUUCCCCCAUCCGGAUGCAUUACAGUCACCAGGCUUUGCAAACCCAGCUCCCGUGUUCAUUUGGGAAUCCUCAUGAGUUGCUCCAUUCCGGGAUGGUGGGAGUGGGGAGGGAGAGAGGCACUCUAUGUGCAGGUAAUUAUGUGCAAGCCUGUUGCCAUGAUGCUGGAAGCUUGUGCCUCUUCUUCCUGGGGCUUGACUCUGAUCACUUCUGGCCACCUGGUGGCCGCUGCUACUGCUGGUCUAUGGGAGAGGAGCUCUUUUCUCCCCAGAGCUGCCAUGACAGCUUCUGUUGGGGGAAGAGAAGGGAGAAGGAAGGAAAAUAUGAUGAGAGCGUGUCAAGGUGUGUGUAUAUAUCUCUGCUGGCUCUGAUGCCAAUGGAUACAAAUAGUGGGGACUGUGAUGGGAGGGAACAGAGCCUGCAUUUCCUUACAUAGACCUAUAUCUAAACAGCUGACCAAACCUUCCAAACUGUGGGGGCUUCUUAAAGCCUCGGGAAAACAUCCUGCGUGUCCUCUGCGUCUGGGGCCCCUCACUUCUGACUCCCAGGCUGAAGCCUAGACUUCUGACUCAUGAAAUACAGGCAUAUGG